UUAUCGGCGAUCAGCCCCCAAUCGCUGAUCUUACGGCAUGUCGUUUCAGAUGGAUCUUGACGCGAAGGGGUUCGGAAGAGGGCCUCGGGAACUUGGUGGCGCUACAGAUCUCGUAAAACAAUAUAAGCUUUGGCCUUACCAUGAAUUCUUUUGCAAAAGGUCACUUCCUUUGUCAGAGACUCAUUAUCUUCAUAAUGUGGUGGGAGACACGCAAAUCAGGAAAGGGGAGGGGAUGGAAUUGGAUCAGCUAUUGGAGAAGACCCCUUAUAUGAGAGAACGGAAUGCAAACAUACAUCCUAUUGAUUUUGGCAUGCUUAGUGAAGCUUUCCGAAUAAAGGAGACAACUCCUGUUCAUUUACCUUCUGCUGAGAAAGGGAUCCUUACCUCAGUGGUAAAGUCAAAGGGUGAGUUAGAAGACAGGGAAAGGAAGCAUAAAAAGAACAAAAACAAGGAUAAGGAUCGUAAGAAGCACAAAAAGCAUCGCCUAGACAACAGCGGCGAUGCUGAUAAAACCUAUGAGAAUGUUACUAAUGGCUCAAAAACUGUGCAGUUGAAGGAACAGCCAGAUAUGUUCAUUCAGAAGAGGAGGCUCAAUGGUCCUGAAGAUCUUUCUGACCGUGACAAUAAAAGAGUGAGAAUCCAAAGAUACUGAGAAUGGCAAGCUAAAGGUGAUGCCAUGACGGGUUGAAAACACAUUGCUUACAUUUGUCUGGAUUUUACAACCUGCUCAAAAUUAUUCAGGUAAAUGUUCCAUUAAAUUGAUCAAUUUAAAUGAAGUAGGAAAAUUAUGCAAGUAUCGUAGACCACAUAAUUCUAGAAUAGCUCGGUUCCUAUGUCAAAUUGAUAGGAAUGUAGCAG